AUGGAGGCGCCAGCGUGGUAUUUUAGCAAAGCGCUGUCUCAUCGUCAAAAAGUACUUCGUUUGUAUCGAAGAGCUAUAAAGACGGUGAACAGCUGGUUUCUUCCGGAAGUGCUCGAAACACGCUAUCAGAAAGUCAUACUACGAGCAAGAUUUGACUUGCACAAAAAUGAAGAAUCCGAACAGGCGAAGCGAACACUGGUGGAAGGCGUUAGAGAGCUAUGGGAGAAGCAGCACCCUUACCCGUUGAUCCAAUGCCACGAUCCGAUGGGCAGCGCCUACGGAAGAGAACCGGACAUCUCUGACAAGGUUCUGGACAUACAGUGGACGUAUCAAGAAAGAGACCAGUAUCCGUACUAUUUCGCCAGACGUGAGCAACGAAAGAAGGAAGUAAUUGAAGCCUGGGAAAAAAUAAAGCAGAGUUGGAAGCCUGUUCCGAGAGCCUGA